AUGGCCGAUAAAACCGCACCACGCUGCCAGCUCCGGCUUGAGUGGGUUCACGGCUACCGGGGCCACCAGUGCCGCAACAACCUCUACUACACGGCGGGGAAGGAGAUCGUGUACUUCGUGGCCGGGGUCGGUGUGGUGUACAACACCAGGGAGCACACGCAGAAGUUUUACCUGGGACACAAUGAUGACAUCAUUAGUCUUGCUCUGCACCCUGAUAAGAUCCAGGUGGCCACGGGUCAGGUCGGAAAAGAUCCGUACGUCUGUGUGUGGGACUCGUACACGCUGACCACUGUGUCCAUCCUGAGAGACGUCCACACACAUGGUGUUGCCUGUUUGGCUUUUGACGCUGAUGGACAGCGUUUGGUGUCUGUUGGACUUGAUGCCAAAAACACAGUGUGCGUAUGGGACUGGAAAAAAGGGCGUGUCCUGGCCACCGCCACGGGGCAUUCUGAUAGGAUCUUCGAUAUUUCCUGGGAUCCUUUCCUGCCGCACAGGCUGGUGAGCUGCGGAGUGAAGCACAUUAAAUUCUGGACGUUAUGUGGCAACGCACUGACACCCAAAAGAGGGAUCUUUGGAAAGACGGGAGACCUGCAGACGAUCCUGUGUUUGGCGACGGCAAAGGACGAAGUGACGUACUCGGGCGCGUUGAACGGAGACAUCUACGUGUGGAAGGGACUGAACCUGGUGCGGACCGUGCAGGCAGCUCAUGGGGCUGGGAUUUUCAGCAUGCACUCGUGUGAGGAAGGUUUUGCCACCGGGGGACGCGACGGCUGCGUGAGACUCUGGGAUGUGGACUUCAAACCCAUUACCAAGAUUGACCUCAGGGAGGCUGAGCAGGGGUAUAAAGGUCUGUCUAUCCGGAGCGUAUGCUGGAAGGCUGACCGGAUCCUAGCCGGGACGCAGGACAGCGAGAUUUUUGAAGUGAUGGUGCGAGACAGAGAUAAACCUCUUCUGGUCAUGCAGGGUCACUCCGAGGGCGAGCUCUGGGCUCUGGAUCUUCAUCCCAAACAGCCGAUCGCAGUGACAGGCAGUGACGAUCGAUCUGUCCGGCUUUGGAGCCUGGCUGAUCACACCCUCAUCGCACGCUGUAACAUGGAGGAAGCUGUCCGCAGUGUGUGCUUCAACAACGAUGGCUCUCAGCUCGCUCUGGGCAUGAAGGACGGCUCGUUCACCGUGCUGAGAGUCAGGGACAUGACAGAAGUGGUGCACAUCAAGGACCGGAAGGAGGUGAUUCACGAGCUGAAGUUCUCUCCGGAUGGCUCCUACCUGGCUGUGGGGUCUAACGACGGCCUGGUGGACAUCUACGCCGUCGCACAGCGUUAUAAAAAAGUGGGCGAGUGUAACAAAUCCUCUUGCUUCAUCACCCAUCUGGACUGGUCCGUAGACAGCCGCUUUCUGCAGACCAACGAUGGCGCAGGGGAGAGAUUGUUCUACAGGAUGCCAGGUAUGGGGAAAUUCCUUCCUAAAGAAGAAGCCAAAGGGAUUCACUGGAUGACCUGGACCAGUGUCUUAGGGCCAGAGGUCAAUGGGAUUUGGCCCAAGUACUCCAACGUUAACGAUAUCAACUCUGUGGAUGCCAAUUAUAGCAACGCCGUCUUGGUAACCGGCGACGACUUCGGCCUUGUCAAGCUCUUCCGAUUCCCGUGUCUUAAAAAAGCUGCCAAAUUUAAGAAGUACAUCGGUCAUUCCGCCCAUGUCACCAACGUGCGCUGGUCACAUGACCUGCAAUGGGUGGUGAGCACGGGCGGAGCUGACCACUCCGUGUUCCAGUGGAGGUUUCUGCCCGAGGGUGUGAUGAACGGCGUGCUGGAGCCACUUCUACAAGAGGGCUACGCCGACUCCAACAGCGGUGAGUCAGACUCAGACCUCUCCGAUGUUCCCGAGCUGGACUCGGACAUCGAACAGGAAGCUCAGAUGAACUACGAACGUCAGGUGUAUAAGGAGGAUCUGCCUCAACUUAAGAAGAAACUGGUGGGCUCUCUGAAAAGGCAGAAAGCUCCGGAUGAAGGGCUGCGACUGCAGUUCGUCCAUGGAUAUAGGGGUUGCGACUGCAGGAAUAAUCUGUUCUACACGCAGGCCGGGGAGGUAGUGUAUCACGUAGCUGCUGUCGCUGUGGUCUAUAACAGACAGCAGCACAGCCAACGCUUUUACCUCGGUCAUGACGAUGACAUCCUCAGCCUCACCGCACAUCCACUGAAGGAUUAUGUAGCCACAGGCCAGGUGGGCCGAGACCCAGCCGUCCAUGUUUGGGACGUUCAGACGCUGAAGUGUUUGUCCUUGUUGAGAGGGCAGCACCAGAGAGGAGUGUGUGCUCUGGAGUUCACAGCGGAUGGAAAGAGCCUGGUGUCUGUGGGCAUCGAUGAAAGCCACUGCAUCGUGAUAUGGGACUGGAAGAAGGGCGAGAAACUGGCCAAGGCAAAGGGACAUAAAGACAAGAUCUUUGUAGUGAAGGGGAACCCGUUCCGUAUGGACAAGCUGGUCACAGUCGGCGUGAAGCAUAUAAAGUUCUGGCAGCACACAGGUGGUGGACUGACAUUUAGGAGAGGAAUAUUUGGCAACCUGGGCAAGCAGGAGACCAUGAUGUCAGCAUGCUACGGGCGCUCCGAGGACCUGGUGUUUUCAGGGGCCACCACAGGCGACGUUUACAUCUGGAAAGACACGACAUUGAUAAAAACCCUGAAAGCUCACGAUGGCCCUGUGUUUGCCAUGUGCUCUCUGGACAAGGGGUUUGUAACAGGAGGGAAGGACGGGAUCGUGGAGCUUUGGGAUGAUAUGUUUGAGAGGUGUCUGAAGACCUAUGCCAUAAAGAGGGCCGCGCUCUCGCCGUCGUCUAAAGGCUUGCUGCUAGAGGAUAACCCCUCAAUCCGAGCCAUCACGCUGGGUCAUGGCCACAUCCUGGUGGGCACCAAGAACGGAGAGAUCCUGGAGAUCGACAAGAGCGGCCCUAUGACUCUACUGGUUCAGGGCCAUAUGGAGGGUGAGGUAUGGGGUCUCGCGGCUCACCCCUUGCUACCUAUAUGUGCCACUGUGAGUGAAGACAAAACACUGCGCAUCUGGGAGCUUUCUGCGAACCAUCGAAUGGUGGCGGUCCGCAAACUCAAAAAGGGUGGUAGAUGCUGUGCCUUCUCCCCGGAUGGGAAAGCCUUAGCAGUGGGUCUGAAUGAUGGCAGCUUCCUGGUAGUGAAUGCCGACACUCUGGAGGACAUGGUGACCUUUCACCACAGGAAGGAGAUCAUUUCUGACCUCAAGUUCUCUCAAGAUGCUGGAAAGUACCUCGCUGUGGCCUCCCAUGAUUCAUUUGUAGACAUCUACAAUGUGCUGACCAGUAAACGAGUGGGUAUCUGUAAAGGAGCGACCAGCUACAUCACCCACAUCGACUGGGACACUCGUGGUAAAUUGCUGCAAGUAAACACUGGUGCCAAAGAGCAGUUAUUUUUUGAAGCUCCUCGUGGACGGAGACAGAACAUCUCCACUGCUGAGUUUGAGAAGGUGGAUUGGGCCACAUGGACAUCUGUUCUAGGCACCACAUGUGAGGGAAUCUGGCCUACACUUAGCUUUGUCAAUGCCUCUUCAUUAACCAAAGACAGGAAGUUGCUGGCGACAGGAGACGACUUUGGCUUCAUCAAACUGUUCAGCUUUCCCUGUAAGGGCCAGUUUGCGAAGUUUAAAAAGUAUGUAGGCCACAGUGCCAACGUAACUAAUGUUCGGUGGUCAAAUGAUGACACUACUCUGCUCUCAGUGGGCGGGGCUGACACCGCGCUGAUGAUCUGGGCAAGAGAGGGGAUUGGACCACGUGAGAGCAAAGUUGUCGAUAGCGAGGAAUCUGAUGACGACGCAGAGGAAGAUGGAGGAUAUGACAGUGAUGUGGCCCGAGAAAAGAACAUGGACUACACCACAAAAAUCUACGCCAUCAGCAUCAGAGAGAUGACAGGUGUUAAGCCACACCAACAGCAGAAAGAGAGUCUAGUGGAUGAGAGGCCGCCAGUAAGCAGAGCAGCACCGCUACCUGAGAAACUGCUAAAGAAUAACAUCACUAAGAAGAAGAAACUCGUGGAGGAGCUGGCACUCGACCACGUCUUUGGAUAUAGAGGCUUUGACUGUCGUAACAAUCUACACUACCUCAACGAUGGAGCUGACAUCAUCUUCCACACAGCUGCUGCAGCUGUGAUCCAGAACCUCUCUGCUGGCACGCAGAGUUUUUACCUCGAGCACACAGAUGAUAUCCUGUGCCUCACUGUCAAUCAACACCCCAAAUAUCAAAACGUCAUUGCCACAGGCCAGAUCGGCGAGAUCACUGAUCUGCCAGGUCUAGCCCCCUCCAUCCACGUGUGGGAUGCAAUGAGUAAGCAGACCCUUUCAGUGCUCCGCUGCUCCCAUGUUAAAGGAGUCGGCUAUGUCAACUUCAGCGCCACCGGCAAGCUGCUGCUGUCUCUGGGAGUGGAUCCAGACCACACCAUCACCGUGUGGCGCUGGCAGGAAGGAACUAAAGUGAGCAGUAAGGUCGGACACUCGGACCGAAUCUUCGUGGUGGAGUUCAGGCCAGAUUCAGACACGCAGUUUGUGUCUGUCGGGAUCAAACACAUCAAGUUCUGGACGCUGGUGGGAGGCUCGCUGCUGUAUAAGAAGGGUGUGAUUGGAGCAGUGGAGGAGGCCAGGAUGCAGACGAUGCUGUCUGUGGCUUUCGGUGCUAAUAACCUGACCUUUACCGGUGCCAUCAAUGGUGACGUCUACGUCUGGAGAGAUCACUUCCUUGUCCGUGUAGUGGCCAAAGCUCACACUGGACCCGUCUUCACCAUGUACACCACCCUCAGAGACGGACUUAUAGUCACCGGGGGCAAAGAGAGACCGACUAAAGAGGGCGGAGCAGUGAAGCUGUGGGAUCAGGAGAUGAAGAGAUGUCGGGCGUUUCAGCUGGAGACGGGUCUCCCUGUCGAAAGCGUCAGAUCUGUUUGCAGAGGAAAGGGCAAAAUCUUGGUCGGAACAAAGGAUGGAGAGAUCAUAGAGGUGGGAGAGAAGAACGCUGCAUCCAACACACUGAUAAAUGGACACACACAAGGGCGCAUCUGGGGUCUGGCUACACACCCCUGCAAAGAUCUCUUCAUCUCAGCCAGCGAUGAUGGAACCAUCCGGAUCUGGGAUUUAGCAGAUAAAAAACUUCUGAACAAGGUGAGCUUGGGUCACCCGGCCAAGUGCACAGCGUUCAGUCCUAACGGGGAGAUGGUGUCCAUUGGCAUGGAGAACGGAGAGUUCAUCGUCCUGCUUGUCAACUCACUGACUGUGUGGGGCAAGAAAAGAGACCGCAGUGUGGCCAUUCAGGACAUACGAUUCAGUCCUGAUAACCGGCUCUUGGCCGUGGGCUCUGUAGAGAGCACUGUAGAUUUCUAUGACCUGACCCUUGGCCCCGCCCUCAACCGCAUCGGCUACUGCAAAGACAUUCCCGGCUUCAUCAUCCAGCUCGACUUCUCCGCCGACAGCAAGUUCAUAGCGGUUUCUACAGGAAGCUAUAAGCGCCAAGUACAUGAGGUCCCCAGUGGAAAAAUAGUAACCCAGCUGGCCAUUGCUGACAGAAUCACCUGGGCCACCUGGACCAGUGUUCUCGGUGAUGAGGUGUUGGGUGUUUGGCCACGGAACGCUGACAAGGCCGACGUGAACUGUGCCUGCGUAUCUCAUGCUGGACUCAACGUGGUCACCGGAGACGACUUCGGCCUCGUCAAGCUCUUUGACUUCCCCUGCUCUGAGAAAUUUGCCAAACACAAACGCUACUUUGGCCACUCGGCUCACGUGACCAACAUUCGCUUCUCCUAUGACGACAAAUACGUGAUAAGCGUUGGAGGCAACGACUGCAGUGUGUUUGUAUGGCAAUGCCUGUGAUGAGAUCUGACCAACAGCAGAGGGGAAACUUUUCCGGAGCUUCUCCUCUUCUGUACCUCUCGUAACUAAAUGCUGCACACCUUCUAAUGCUGCAUCUGAUCAAU